AUGUCGUAUAGCCACAUUAUACCAUAUUUAUUUAGGGGAUCACUUGUACAACUAAGGAAGUUAGGACCCCCACCAACAGUUCUUCCUCCCGGUUAUGAUGCAAAUGCCCGCUGUGAAUUUCAUUCUGGCACUCCUGGGCAUUCGAUCAAGAAUUAUAAAGCAUUAAAGUACAAGGUUCAAGAUCUUAUUGAUUCUAAGGCAAUCACGUUCACCCCCAAGGGGCUGAAUGUAAAUAACAACCCAAUGCCCCCUCACAAUAAUUCAGCCAUGAAUAUGAUGGAAGUUGACAAUGGAAGGAGAUUGAUAUCCUAUGUGGACGAGUUAAAAACACUACUCAUCGAGAUCAAGAAUGCUUUAAUGAAGGAUAAUUCCUUUCCCGUCUGUGUUCCCACACCAUUCCCAUAUAUUAACACCAAGGCAGUCCCAUGGGUGUAUGACACCUCAAUCUACAUUCAUGGCCAGAAACUUCAAGAAGAACCGUUGAAGUCCAGUGAUCCAAUGAUCAAUAUCACCGGAACUGGAGAAAUUACAAGAAAUGGAAGGAUAUUUGCACCGACACCCACUUCAAUUGGAGCUAUCAAUCCUUCAACUUCAGACAAAGGCAAACAAAUUGAUGGUGCUCAGCAAAGACAAGACCCUGCACCUUCCAAUGAGGUAGACGAGUUAUUACGCAUUAUCAAGAAGAGUGAUUAUCUAGUAGUUGAUCAGCUUAACCAGACACCCUCGAAGAUCUCAAUGUUGUCUUUAUUAAUGUGCUCAGAGGCCGAUAAGGAUGCUUUGGUAAAAUUUCUGAGGACAGCUCACGUACCGCAAGAUAUCUCAGUUUGUGAAUUUGAAGGGGUAGUUAACAAUAUCGUUACUAGCUUAAGCUUGGGUUUCGGUGAUGAAGAGCUUCCUGCUGAAGGGAGGAAUCAUAAUAAGGCUCUCCAUAUUUUUAUUGAGUGUGUGGACACAGUACUAUCAAGAGUUUUCGUAGACACUGGGUCUUCCGUCAAUGUGAUGCCUAAAAGCUCCUUUGCUAAGCUAACUGUUGAAGGACUUGUAAUGAAGCCGAGUGAGCUUAUAGUAAGAGCAUUUGAUGGUACUAGGAGGACUGUAAUCGGUGAGGUGAAUUUGCAUAUGAAUAUUAGUCCUCAUACUUUCUUUAUCACUUUCUUCGUAAUGCACAUCUAUUCAGCCUACAGUUGUCUGCUUGGAAGGCCUUGGAUUCAUUCAGUUGGUGCAGUCACUUCAACGCUCCACCAAAAAUUGAAAUUCCUAGCUGAUGAUAAACUAGUUAUUGUCGAGGGUGAGGAGGACAUUAUGGAUGAAUCAAAAGAUGACGAAUCUUUGAUGGCAUCUCUUAAGGAUGCCCUGACAAUCAUAAAGGAUGGACACCCCCAAGGAUGGGGAAGACUGUUUGAACUUCCUGCCAACAAGGACCGUACCGGUUUAGGAUACAACUCCCAGAAUUUGAAGAAACCUACACCGAUAGCUACAAGGGGAUCAGUGCUCCCGCUAUCCAAAAACUUCUCAAGCGCCAGUUACCUUGAUGACAACAGUAUCUGUGCGGUGGAAGGAGACGAAGAAGAAGAUGUUGGAUUGAUCUUCACAGAGGCUAAUGGAAAGGGUGCCACCAAAUGGACCGAGAUUGAAAUACCCAAAGUGACCCUGAUUAAAAUGUAA